AUGUCUAGCAGACAAAUUACCGAAUUGCAUUUUAAUAGCCAUCCCUCUUCACCCAAUAUGAGUGCGGAGAGAUCAAAAUGUAACGUAAUAGGAGUAUGUGCAUUAGAUACCAAAGCACGUUCAAAGCCCAUGAGAAACAUUUUGAAUUCCCUAUUUUCUUUUGGCGAAUUCGAAACGAUUAUUUUUGGCGAUAAGGUUAUACUUGACGAAGACGUCGAGAACUGGCCUGGCUGCGAUUUUUUCAUAUCGUUUUUCUCAGCAGGAUUUCCAUUGGACAAAGCAAUCCAGUAUGUCAAUUUACGGAAGCCAUUUUGCGUCAACGACUUGCCAAUGCAGAAAAUCCUAUGGGAUAGACGCCUGGUUAUGAACGUUCUUGAUGCGAUUGAGGUUCCAACUCCACAAAGAUUAGUUGCCAGUCGGGAUGGCGGGGCGAAAUUAGAGAAAGAAGUAUCAGAGGAGUUACAAAAGACUAUAGGCGUGAAACUUGAUAAACCAUGCGGACCCGCCCAUGUAGAGUUGAUUGAUUACAACACCCUUAGUGUUGAUGGUCAAUUAUUAAAAAAACCUUUCGUGGAAAAGCCCAUAAGUGGCGAGGAUCACAAUAUACACAUUUACUUUUCAAAAGAAAUGGGAGGGGGUGGGCGUAGGCUUUUCAGAAAGAUCGCAAAUAAGUCGAGUGAAUUUGACCCGAAUUUAUUUCAACCACGAACAGACGGCUCGUACAUCUAUGAGCAAUUCAUGGAUACCGAUAAUGCGGAAGACGUCAAAGUCUACACUAUCGGUCCUUCGUUUGCACAUGCCGAGACGCGUAAAUCUCCCGUUGUGGACGGCAUGGUAAGAAGGAAUAACGAUGGCAAAGAAGUCCGCUAUGUUACUACACUAACUCCUAAGGAGAAAAAAAUGGCGAGCAGUAUAUGUCUUGCUUUUGGCCAAACUGUCUGUGGAUUUGAUUUGCUGCGUGUGCACGGCCAGUCCUAUAUCAUCGACGUAAAUGGAUGGUCGUUCGUGAAAGGAAACGACGACUACUAUAACAACUGUGCCCGAAUUCUUCGUACGAUAUUCUUAAACGCCGUCCGUAGGCGUAAGAUUAGUGUUGAUUCUAUCCCAAAGGCAUUACGCUAUGAAAAUUCGUGGAGAUUGAAAUCCUUUGUCUCGGUAUUUCGUCAUGCCGAUAGGACUCCGAAACAAAAAAUGAAAUUCUCUUUCCGGAGUCAACCAUUUAUUGAUCUACUUAAUGAAGGCACGGAGGAGGUCAUUUUGCGAAAUGAAGAACUGAAUCUUGUUUUAGACGCGACCGAAAAAGCCAUUGGACUUCUGUCAGAAGAUCCGGUAAAACUAAAUCAAUUGAAGCUAAUAUUAGACAUGAAGCGCGAUUUGCCAGGGACCAAAGUGCAAAUCAAACCUUCUUAUAAUAAAGUCGAUGGCUUGUUCAUUAAAUUACAAUUAAUUGUGAAAUGGGGUGGAGAGUUUACUCAUUCUGCUCGAUAUCAAUCUCGUGAUCUUGGUGAAAAUUUGCGAAAAGAUUUACUGAUCAUGAAUCGAGAGGUGUUUGAUGAUGUGAAAAUAUUCACUAGUUCGGAAAGACGUGUGAGCGCUACAGACGAAAUCCCAGAAGGAGUAAUUCAAAUUCGCAAAGAAAUGCUUGAUGACAGUAAUGCAGCCAAAGAGCAAAUGGAUGGUGUCAAGAGCCAUCUUACAACACUCUUAAAACCGGGCGAAUCAUCUCGAGUGGAUUUUGCCUGGCCAAAAGACAUGCCAGAACCCCGUAUAGUUGUCCAAGAAAUUAUAGAUUCAUUGAAUAAUCAUCGUGCUAUCAUGAAUCGUAAUUUUGAAACCAUGGAUAUUGAAAAGAUUCAAUCACGUUGGUGUUGCUCCGAAAAUCCUCAGUUAUUUAGGGAGCGAUGGGAAAAACUAUUCAAGGACAUUUGUGAUGUUGACCGUCACAAAUUCGAUCCAAGCAAACUGUCAGAACUUUACGAUUCGUUAAAAUACGACGCAUUGCAUAACCGACAGUUUCUCGAGAAAAUUUUCCAAGAUCCAGCGCAAGAAAAGAGUACUCUCCAAGUGAAAAAGCUGUAUCAACGCUCGAAAAUCCUGUUUGAUUUUGUGGCGCCUCAAGAAUACGGUAUUGAGAAUAAGGAGAAAUUGGAGAUCGGAUUGCUGACUUCACUACCAUUGCUCAAACAAAUUAUUGAGGACUUAGAGGUAGCAAAGGCGAGUUCAACUCCGUGUACGAGACUCUAUUUUACUAAAGGUGAAGCCUAUACAAGAUUGAAAAUAAAAUGGCCGCCUAACUUUAUGGUCUAUUGA